AUGAGGUAUGCUGGACCAGCUGUGCUGAAAUGCUGUGAGGAAAUCGGAUUAGAGGUGGAUCUUCUGAGCGGACACAGCCACGGCAGCCAUGUAGUCAACAGUCUUGCCAGCUUGUUCAAGCAGCUCGGUCAAGAGUGUUCAGUGAUCUUCUUGGAUCCCCGAACUACUGAGAAUCAGCUGUGGUCCUUACCGAUGUCCACAGCCUAUACCAGCGUUCAGAAUGUGUCAUACCCACUGUUCAGGCUUUCAGGCGAAGUUUCUUUCUCUGCGCCAUUUGUUCCACAACCUCUCUUCAAGGAGGCAGAGAGGCUGUACCAAGAGGAUGUGAGAAUCUCACCGUGCUGUGCCAUGUUGAGUGAUGCUCUCAUCGCACACAUGAAGGACGCAAAUCAUGCGGGUGUUCCCAAAUUCUAUGACAUUGUACGCAGAUCCAACAAACGCAACGGCAGAAAGACUUUCGCGUUUCAUGAGAAGGAGGCGUGCUGGGAGUAG